AUCUGCACGCUUCUAUUCAAUAAAAAAAACCAGUCAUUCAAAGCUCAACCCCAUUAAAGAACCAUCUCUCUCCAUGCCCGUCUCUCAAUCUCUGUCCCAUGUUUAUUAUCAUUUGCACUCAUUGUUUUCAGUUUUCUAAAAUAUUAAUAGUUAUAAUAGUAAAGUUUUCCUUACCAUAAAAAGAUUUAAAAUUUUUUUUUAUUUUUUUAUGUAGAAGAAUGAUGUGAGGGUUUGGGAUCAGCUAUAGAUAUUUGUAAGAAAAAUAAUGGAUGGUUUCAAUGUAGAGGAGGAUGAAGAAGCAGCUGGGAAGAGAGGAAGUGGAGAUCCCUCGGCAUGUUCCCAUGGCCAUGCUCGACACAGGCGUUCUAAAAGUGCAUCUGACAAAAAAUUGGAUGUUUCAAGAGGUGGAGUUUCUUGUUCCACACGGAGAGACUUGAAGGAAUCGCAUAGAAGGCCUCAUGAAUUGUCACCUUCAACAAGGACUCACGCGGCGCCAAGUACUCUUCAUGAACACCCUGGUCAUAUUAAGAGGAAUACUUCAUCAACCCAUCGAACCUCCUUGGAGAAAGACAUUGAGCAGCUGCAAUUGCGUUUGCAGCAAGAGAAAUCCAUGCGCACUAUGCUUGAGAGGGCGAUGGGUCGAGCUUCUAGUACAUUGUCACCUGGGCAUAGGCAUUUUGCUGCUGAGACGAAGGAGUUGAUUGCUGAGAUUGAAUUACUUGAAGAAGAGGUUGCAAAUCGUGAACAACAUGUUCUCACUCUCUAUAGGAGCAUUUUUGAACAAUGCGUUAGUCGACCGCCUUCUGAGCAAAGCUCAAGCAUGGCUUCUCCUGCCCAUACAAAAAAUGAAUCAAGGAAACACCCAAGUAUAAUUUCAAGUGCAUUUUGCUCCUCAAAGAAGUUCCCUUUGCGACCUUUCCAAGUUCUGACUUCUAUGAAUGACAAGGGAAAAAAAACCUCAAUGUUGCAGUCCAAGAGUAAACAUGCUUCAUUGUUAAGUAGCAAAGGCAGCAUUCAUUUUGAGAAGACUUGUUCAGACACUGAUAAGGUGCAUGAAAAGUUACCAACCAUGGACAGAAGUAUGCUGCGGACUCUGAAAGAUCAUCUCUACCAGUGCCCAAGCAAAUUGUCCGAGGAAAUGGUCAGGUGUAUGGCUGCAGUAUAUUGCUGGCUUCGUGGUGCGGCAUCUGUGAAUCCAGAGAAAAAUCGAUCACCGUUAUUGUCAAGGUCAUCCACUAAUGUUAUACUCCCUCGUCGUGGUAUUGAAGAAGACCGGGAAUGGUCUUGUAAAUCUGUGGUAGAAAUAUCUUGGAUAUCAACAGACAAAAGUCAAUUCUCUCGUGCAUCGUACGCCAUCAACAACUAUAGAGUUCUCGUGGAACAACUGGAAAAGGUGAAUGUCAGCCAGAUGGAAAGCAAUGCCCAAACUGCAUUUUGGGUUAAUGUGUACAAUUCUCUAGUUAUGCAUGCAUAUCUAGCAUAUGGAAUUCCCCACAGUUCGAUUAGAAGGUUGGCCUUGUUUCACAAGGCUGCUUACAACAUUGGAGGGUACAUCGUAAGUGCAAAUGCCAUAGAGCAGUCAAUAUUUUGCUUCCGUACACCCCGAAUUGGCCGGUGGCUUGAGACCAUCCUUUCAACGGCCAUGAGGAAAAAAUCUGGUGAAGAAAGGCAACUCAUCAGCUCAAAAUUUGGUCUUCCGAGUUCUCAACCCCUUGUUUGCUUUGCACUUUGUACUGGAGCUUUUUCUGACCCCGUGCUGAAAGUCUACACUGCUUCAAAUAUUAAAGAAGAACUGGAAGUGGCAAAAAGGGAGUUUCUUCAAGCAAAUGUAAUUGUGAAGAAGUCAAGGAAAGUGUUUCUACCAAAGGUGCUCGAAAGAUUCGCCAAGGAAGCCUCGAUAAGCUCUGACGAUCUUCUCAAGUGGGUCACUGAAAAUGUUGAUAAGAAGCUCCAUGAUUCAAUACAGAAGUGCAUUGACCAUAAAACCAACAAGAAGGCAUCUCAGUUCAUAGAAUGGUUACCUUACAAUUCAAGGUUCCGCUACGUGUUUACAAGGGAUUUAACAGAGAAGCCAUGGUGGGUAUAAUAUUCUUUUUUCAACGCUCAAGAAUGUUUAUGCAUUUCUUUAACACAAAUUGAUGAAUAUUGUUUCAGAUGAAACAGCCAGGAACUCAAACAUCAAUUCUUCAAAUGUGAUCUUCCUUAAUGUACAAUGAUUGUUUGAUCAUCAUUAUGUAAGAUAAAACUUUGCACUCCUGUGAUCUGAAUUGGUUCAUGGUAUUUUGUGGAGUACCAUUGUAAUUUUAGUUGAUAUAUUUAGUUCAUUAUAAGCUUCACAUCA